AUGGCAGCUGUAAAUAAGCAAUUGUUUUUAAGUAAACAAGUCGUAACUGAGGAGAAGAUUUUCGAUGGUGGUGUGUUAGUUGAUGAAAAUGGAGUCAUUGAGAAGUUAGUGAGUCGACGUCAAGCCCUUGAACUGAUUGCUGUUUGUGGAGAAGAGAUAAAAGUCAUAGAUGGAGGUGAUCUGGCAAUGUUGCCAGGAGUGGUGGACUCUCACGUCCAUGUCAAUGAGCCCGGGAGAACAGCGUGGGAAGGCUUCCGCACAGCAACCAAUGCAGCUGCAGCCGGUGGUAUCACCACGAUAGUAGAUAUGCCCCUAAACUCAAUUCCGCCAACAACAACUUUGGAAAACCUUAAAAUAAAAGCAACAUCAGCUAAAGACAAUGUUUACGUGGAUGUCGGGUUUUGGGGUGGAGUGAUCGUUGGAAACCAGGACUCACUACAAGAUCUCGUGAAUGCAGGCGUAGUUGGUUUCAAAUGCUUCCUUUGUCCAAGUGGUGUAGACGAAUUCCCUAACGUGGGAGUCGAAGAUUUGAAACUCGCUUUUAAAGCACUUGAAGGAACGGGAUCGGUUCUGGCGUUCCAUGCUGAGCUUGAAGACGAUGUACCGAGUCUGCCGAAAAAGCAAGCGCAAGACCCAGAAGACUAUAAUACCUAUUUAGAAUCACGGCCACCAAAAAUGGAGCUGAACGCGAUAACACUUAUAAAUACCUUCGUGAAGGCUUCCGAUGUUCGAGUUCACAUAGUACAUGUAUCAUCGGCGGAGGUGGUACCACUUUUGGUAAAGGCUCGCAAGGAGCGGCUAGCAGGCGGCAACACUGCUUGGCGAGGUGGUGUCACAGCUGAAACCUGCCACCAUUACUUAUCCUUGAGUGCGGAAGAAAUACCAAAAGGCCACAGCGAAUACAAGUGUGCUCCACCAAUAAGAGAAAAGAACAAUCGGGAGCAGCUCUGGGAUCACUUAUUAAAAGACGAGCUCGAUAUGGUGGUUUCAGAUCAUUCACCUUGUACCCCGGAGCUUAAAUGCAAAAAUACAUUAGACGCAUGGGGUGGUAUAUCGUCUGUACAAUUUGGUCUAUCCCUUUUCUGGACGCAAGCUUACAGUCGUAAAUUAGACAUGAGGGCGAUAGCAAAAUAUUUAUGUAGUGGUCCAGCAUAUCUUUGUGGUCUUCAUAAACGAAAAGGCGCUUUAAAGCCUGGAUGCGAUGCUGACAUUGUAUUUUUUGCCCCUGAUGAAAUAUAUGAAGUUUCCUCUAACAUCGUUAGACAUAAAAAUAAGCUUACACCCUAUAUAGGAAGAAAACUUAGAGGAGUUGUAAAGAAAACCUUCUUACGUGGUCAACUAAUUUUCGCUGAUGGCAACAUUGAGGGAGAACCAAAAGGAACAUUACUUUUAAACAAUUUGAACAACUAG